AUGCAGUCCGUUUAUCCCGGAGACCCACUAGGAUUAAAUUAUGUUCUGCAAUUAUAUACAUUCUCUUUCUUUUUCGCCCUCUGGCCUUUAUCUUCCAGCGCUAUUUCUCAUCUUUCAUCUUCCGGCUCGGUUGAUGGCUUCUUUCUGAGCCGAGCUGGAAGUGGUCAACUCCAAUUAUUUCAACGUCGACGUUUUUCUGAGCCUGCUCAGGAUAAUCGACAGGCUGGAUCCGUCUGCAUUGUGCGUGUUCGCGUUGAGGAUGCCGUUGCUGAGGCUAUUGAACAGGCUGCAGCUGCAGUUGCGGCAGCCGAAACCCCAUUAGCAUCAGCCAAUCUGACGGCUGAAAAGCUUGCUCCUGCACAACCAAAAUCACUCUCUCAAGGUCAAAUAUCUAGUGGAGAACCCUCGACAUUUCCAGAUUGCUCCGGAGACGGAUUGUCAGGCUCUCGUCAGAGCGGUUUUCCUCGGCAUUCAUCAGAGGCUCAUGACACUCUGAAUUCCAACAGCUCUGCGGCCUCCAAGAUGGCGCAUCUUGAGGCGAAACCUCGAGAGGUCUUGAUACAUGUUACAUUUGCACUGCAGGAUGAGGAUAUCGGACAGAAGGUGUUCACUUCAAUUAAGAAGCACGUGGCUACAACCAAUUCAAAAGCAUAA